AUGGCUGUUGAGAUUUGUUUGGUAAAUUGGGGGAUUAAGAGAGUGUUUACAAUAAUUGUUGAUAAUGCUAGUUCAAAUGAUGUUGCUAUUGCGUAUUUGAAAAAGAAAUUAGUUGGUUGGGGGUUUAGCAUUUUAAAUUGCAAGUGGAAUUCCACUUAUUUGAUGUUAAAUGCUGUACAAAAGUUUGAAAAUGCAUUUUAUAGAUAUGCUACGAUAGAUCCAUGCUUUAAGCUUGAUCUUCAAUCAGGAUCUAGAUAUGUCACUUCUAAUAUAUUUUUUAAUGAGAUUAGUUCAGUUGAUUGUUUAUUGCAAGAGUGGCAAGGGAGUGACAAUAUGGAGUUGGCAUGUAUGGGUGAUAGGAUGAAGGUGAAAUUUGAUAAAUAUUGGGGGGAUCCUGAUAAGAUGAAUAAAAUAAUUUAUAUUUCAGUGGUGGUUGAUCCUCGAUAUAAGAUGGAAUUUAUGAAAUUUUCUCUUUCAACUGUGUAUGGGAAAGAAAAGGGGAUGGAGUUAGCAAAGAAAAUUAAAUUGGUUGUAUAUGAAUUGUUUGAUGAAUAUAAGAAAAUUUUUCAAGUUGAAAAUGGAAGUGGUAGCACUGUUAUUAGAAAUACAAGCGAAAACAAUAAAAGUGAAGGAACAAAAAAGAAAUCAAGGUUGAAUAUGGGGGAUCAGUUCUUGAAGUAUAAAAUAGAGAUUGGAGAAGCUAACAAUGAGUCUGAUCUAGAUUGCUAUCUGAAUGAGGGUAUUAAAGUGGUGGAUGAAAAAGAAGAAUUUGAUAUAUUAAAAUGGUGGCAACUUAAUUCCAGUAGGUUUUCCAUCCUUUCAAUCAUGGUAAGAGAUAUACUUGCAGUACCUAUAUCUACAGUUGAUUCAGAAUCAACCUUUAGUACUGGAGGUAGAGUACUGGAUCCUUUUAGGAGUUCUUUAACUCCUAAAAUUGUUAAAGCUUUAAUAUGCGCACAAGAUUGGUUGCGGAAAUCCCAUUGCUGCAAAUCUAUUGAAGAACAAUUAGCAGAUCUUGAAAGGUUUGAAGAGGUAUUUGCACUUUGUGAAAUAAGUAGCACCAAUGGAAACAUUGUGAAUUUGGAUGGUUGA